CUUGCACCAAAGCAGAGAGAGAAAGAGAGAGAGUGGGGGAGGGGAAAGUAGAGAGAGAGACAGAGAGAGAGAGAAAGUGAGAAAGAGAUAGAGGAAAAGAGAACGCUUGCACACAGAGAGAACAGAGAGAGAGAGAGAGAGAGAGAGAGAGAGAGAGAGAGAGAGAGAGUACAAGAAACACAGAAAAGAGAGUGUCUGUGUGUUUGUCCAAAAGACGACAUGGUGUAGGAGAGGGGGGCAGAAGGUGAAUUCGAACCUGUGACUCUGGCUUAGGAUGAGGUCUCUCAAACACCUGAAACCACAGAGCAAGAAAAAUGUGGAGGAGAAGACACAGCGGCUGGUCAGAUGUUAUUCUGAGGCCAUGCACCAACAGAUGGAUGUAGGGACACAGACAGACCCAGUUGUGGUCCUGUCACUGGCCCAAGCUGCUGUGUUGGGACUGAUCUCCCAGAACGAGGUCUUUGGUGCUACCAUCGCCCCUAACGGCUUCUACACAGGAGAUCCCAAAGAGUCCCCUGCUCCACCCGGCGAGAGAAUGGACUACGAGUACGCCGACCAGCUUAUAGGUGCCAAUGGCGACUACCUUGGGGAGAAUUUGGGCGAGGAUGGACACAUGCACUCAAGCUGUGCCGAGAGAAGGUGGCAGGGGCCGCCAGAAAACAGCAAACCUGUGGUAGGGCAUCAAGAGGCAGGAUUGCUUGUUAAAGGGGAGUCUGUGACCCCAGGUUUACCCUCCUGCAAUCACAUGAUGAACAACAUUGUGUCUAGAGAGGGCAUGCAGAUGGUGGACCCCUCUAGCUAUAGGGUGCAUCCCAAACAGCAUCACAACAAUUUCUGCUCCACCUGCAUCCGAGACGUCAAGAGUACACACCCUCCACCAGAUCAACAUUUACACCCCCACCCUCAUGCCCACACCCACACGCCUCAAGAGGUGCUUUCACGCAACAGGACACACACACUUAAUAAAACAGCAGAUGAGAUAACGGAGGAUGGGGAGAAUGGAAGAAAUGGCAUGAAAACGGGAAGUGGUGGGGAAGAGAUGAGCAACUACUUUCAGGGCAGUGAAGUUGGGUACGAGGGUGGGGAGAUGGAAGGGGUCGGGGAAUUUGAGGAGAACAACGAGGGGAUGUUUUGGGGGGAACACGUGGAGGGCGAGGCGCCCCGUGGGCGUCGCAUAGACCGCCUGGACAUCAACAUCCAGAUCAACGAGUCAUACUGCGUGGACGUCGGUGAGGGCCUGAAACGGUGGAAGUGCCGCAUGUGUGAGAAGUCGUACACGUCCAAGUACAACCUGGUUACACACAUCCUGGGUCACAACGGCAUCAAGCCACAUGCGUGCCCUCACUGCGGCAAACUCUUUAAACAGCCCAGUCACCUACAGACGCACCUGCUGACGCACCAAGGUACGCGGCCUCAUAAAUGCACCGUGUGCAAAAAGGGCUUCACCCAAACCAGUCACUUGAAGCGGCACAUGCUGCAGCACACUGAUGUCAAGCCCUACAGUUGCCGAUUCUGUCGUCGCGGUUUUGCCUACCCCAGCGAACUUCGUGCUCACGAGGUCAAGCACGAACGAGGACGGUGUCAUGUCUGCUCGCAGUGCAGCAUGGAGUUUCCCACGUAUGCCCACCUUAAGCGGCAUCAGGUGAGCCACCAGGGACCCUCCACCUUCCAAUGCAGCCAAUGCAACAAGUCUUUCCCGUACCGCAGCCAGCUGCAGAACCACCAGCUGAAGCAUCAAACGCAGCGCUCAUUCUCCUGUAGUCAGUGUGGCCUGCAGUUUCUUCAGCUGCAUCAGCUACGUCAACACUCUCUCACACACAAGUCGACCAAACCUCAGGCCCGGGCUACAAAGGGACCAAAGGGGUUUAAGUGUGACGUAUGUGCACGAGAGUUCACGCUGUCUGCAAACCUGAAGAGACACAUGUUAAUUCAUGCCAGCAUUCGGCCGUUCCAGUGUCACGUGUGCUUCAAAUCUUUUGUCCAGAAACAGACCCUUAAAACGCACAUGAUCGUGCACCUGCCUGUGAAACCCUUCAAGUGCAAGGUGUGUGGAAAGUCAUUUAACCGAAUGUACAACCUCCUGGGCCACAUGCACCUCCAUGCUGGCAGUAAACCCUUUAAGUGUUCAUACUGCUCCAGCAAAUUUAACCUGAAGGGAAAUCUUAGCAGACACAUGAAAGUUAAACAUGGAAUGGACGUCUCUCCAGAUGGACAAGAGGGCCCGCCAGACAUGGAGCCCCAUGAGGACUAUGAGGAAGAGAACUUCAAUUUUGCGACUCCAGAGAAUUUGGAAAAUAAUAAUGCUACAAACCUAACUAAGCUCUCUGAAGUGGCCAUCCAAGAGCUUGACUAUUAUAACUUUGGGAAGGACGUUGGAAGCUACAACACAACUUAAACACAAUUUAAGCUGAAUAAAUGUUAAGAUACACGUGGCCUAUGCUGGCACAUGUCAACCAUGAGUUGAUUGAGAUGUUCCUCCAUGAGAACCACUGCUCACGUUUGUGAUGUUAUUGAUGAGUAGGUAGUUGGAGGCCAUCUUGUCCUCCUGGAGUUGAUCUCGUGGCAUAGCAACUCUGGUUCUGAAGCAGACCGAUAGUUUCCAAAAAGCCUUUCGACUCCUUUCGUUUCUAACAAAUAUCAACGCUGUAUCUUUAAUAUGUUGUCGAACACAUGGUUACAUUAACAAACAUUAGCGUCAUACUGAAACGCAGAUAUGUACUGUACACAUGCAGUCUUGUGCAAAGUAAUCCACACAGUCCUCCAAUUAUUAUGUUGGUUGGGAAAAUUGGAAUGGCAGGUGCAUGCAGCCUUGUGGCCUUCAUCAGUGUGGUACAUUAUAGUUUGUUAAAGAGUACAUUCCUCGAGAUCAUAAAAAAUACAUUUCAUGAAGUGUUUAAUUUUGCCGUGUUUGAAUGUAAGCAAUCUGCCAAGUUGUAAAUCCGAAGGUGAACGAAUAACAAAGUUAUUAGCUUAUAAAAAAGGUAAUCGACUCUGAAUCACGCGAACAAGCCAUGACCUGUCCGAAUCUUUAACCACAAUGUACCUACGUCACUAGAAAAAUCCCCGCCUACUGACUGCGAAAACUUAACUCUCUCCUCCCCAAACACUGUACUAGCUCGUUCGUGACUUGUGCAUCAUGUCUAAGAGAAGCUGUGUUCUGUGUAGUGAAACUAAGUCAGUCUUAUUUUCACUACCAAAGGAAGAACUUCUGAGGAAAAAAUGGUUACUAUUUAUUUUUCAAACGACACCAAAGGAGUAUAAACCGAACGUUUUACUUUGCGCGCUUCAUUUUACCUAAGAUUGCUUCAUCAAUCUUGGCGCCUUUACUGCAGGAUACAUUAAACGUCUUUCCUUAAAAUAUGUUGCAAUACCAACUUUAUUUGGACCUGUAAGCUCCACCGAAUCACAACCUGUAAGUGUGACUCUUUAUUUUUGUCUUUACUUAAAAUUAAAUUUGUGUGACGUUAUCUCAUGUCUGUGUUUAGCUAACGUUACCGUUAUUUUUGGGGUUGUUACUGUUUGUUUACCUAACGUUAGCUAUAAACUCGUUGCGCUAAUGUAAGUGUUCAACCAUAUUAACUCGCAAAGUCUUUAUUUCAAGAACUGCGUGGUGUACUAUAGUUAUAAUAACAUCUGAAGAUACGAACACCGUACACUGUAUGCCGUGAUAACUAACUGUUACAAGAGAAGUGUCUAAAACAGUCCUUUUUCUUACUGGCAUCUGUAUAAGUAUUAAAGAAUGAUUCGUCAGACUCGGGCUCGAACUGGUAAGGUAAAAUCGACGCCAUCUCUCUCUACACUGUUAAUAUCCAACCACCUGCAAACCGUAAUACAGCAGUAAUGAUAGGCGGUCCAUUUGCGACACACGCUGAACGCGUUUGACCAAUCACAGCAGACUAGACCAUUUGACCAAUCACAGCAGACUAGACCAUUUGACCAAUCACAGCAGACUAGACCAUCUGACCAAUCACAGCAGACUACACUAUCUGACCAAUCAGAUCAGACUACGCUGGCGGAAAGGCGGAGAUUACACAGAUGAAUCGCGGAACGAAUCAUUUGAGAGUCAGUCAAGAAGUAAGGUAAUAAAAACUGCUUAUUAUUACGAAAUAAUAGUAUUUUUACAUCAUGUAUGUACAUAAACUUGUUGUCGGACACUCCAUAAACCAAAAUAAGCCCUUAAAAAUAUUGAGGAAUGUACUCUUUAACUUUCUUAAACUUUCAUUUGUAUUGCCUUUAUUUCCAAUGAAACACCAUGAGUGCAAAAAAAGCCUACAUGCAAUGGUUGGAUUUCUGCAUGUGUUGUAUGAAGAUGGGCCUGUAUGUAAAAUGAAGCGCAUGGGAGUGCACUUGGACCCUAACUACCACUCAGUCUGGUACAGGACCAUAUGCCGCCCAUUCCUGAGCACUGCUUUUGCCAGAACCGAAUUUUAUCAGAUGUUUGGUUUAACAACCACUGAGUGGAGAAUUUUUAUUUCAUAGUAUUGAUUUGCUAUUUAUUUUGCACUAUGAAAAAUCAUGAUGAGCUUCUGUCAUCACACACUGAUCUGGUCUAAUUUUCAUCUCCUUGGAGAUUACAUGCCUGUGUUACAUCCAUAGUGAACUGUUUCUCGAUGCAACUUUGCUGUCCCUGUAGAUUAAUAAAUAAACUGGGUUUUUGAAGUUUAAAUGUAUGGAAAUGUUUUAUUUAGAUGGAUGUGCACAACUGACUUUAAGACUGGAUUAUAAACUAAAAGUAUAUUUAAUGAAGCAGUAUUCUACUGUACAUGCUAUAAAACAGUUUUAAAUCACAUGAAGUGAUUUAACAUUAACAACAGUAACAAAGAACAGUUCAUGCUUUAGUAUCAUGUAUAACCAAGAUAUUUCAUUUUGAUGACGUUUAACUGGAAUAAAAACAAGAAUAUUUGAUUUAAAA